AUGACAAUUUUCACAACAUUAGGAAUGUUUAUAGUUGAUGAGAAUCGAUACGUUGACAGUAACAAUAAUCUUUUACCCCCACCACCUUCUUCAUCGUCCUUACAACAAACAAACAUUAUUGGUGGGGCUGGAACAUAUGCUAUAAUGGGAGCAAGAAUAAUAUGUGAUGAUCGUCAAGAUUUAAUUGAUCAAAUAUCUGGGAUCAUUGAUAUGGGUUCGGAUUUCCCUUUUGAAAUCAAACAAGAAUUGGAUACUUGGAAAACUAGAGGGGUAAUAUAUCGAGAAAAUCCUCAUCGAUUGACUACUCGUGGUGUCAAUAUUUAUCGAUACACCGAUAAUAAUAAUAAUAAAAGUUCUAAUGAAUCAAUUGAUAAUGAAUUGGAAGCGGAACCUGAGCAAGAUGCAAUUAGGUAUUUUGAAUAUGUGACACCAAAAUUAAGAAUUGAAAUCAAUGAUAUCUUGGAAUAUCCCAAUUUGAAACAAAGUUCAAAUUAUCAUUUAAUCUGUUCAAUUGAACGAUGUAAAUCAUUGAUCGAUUCAAUUACUCAAUUUAACCCAUCAGCUAAGUUUAUUUAUGAACCAUUACCUGAUGAUUGUGUUUUUGAAAAUUUGGAAUUUUUACAAAAUGAUAUAUUACCCAAAAUUCAUGUGUUCACACCUAAUUUGAAUGAAGCAAGGUUAUUAUUAGGGUUAAAGGAUAAUGAAAAUGAAACAAAUAAAAGCGAUGACAAUGACGAAUUACAAAAAAUAUCGCAACAAUUUACAAAUCAUUUACAAUUAUCAAAUUCAGGUACAGUAUUACGAUGUGGAGCUCAAGGUUGCUAUAUAAAUACUAAAUCAGGCGACAAAUUCCAAUUACCAGCAUAUCAUCAGGAUCAAACUAAAGUGGUUGAUGUCACUGGUGGUGGAAAUUCUUUCUGUGGUGGGUUUAUGAUGGCGUAUCAUUUAAGUGAUGGUGAUUGGUUAGCCAGUGGAGUUGCAGGAAUUAUUAGUAGUGGCUGUAUAAUUGAAAAAUUGGGUAUGCCAACAGUUUCUGACGAUAGCAAAUUUAAUAAUAAAUCAUUAAGAGAUAGACUAGAUACCUAUUUAACUGAAAAUCCAACAUUAAAAGUUGAUUUCAAUUGGAUUUAA